AUGCUACCAGUACUUGUUAUAGUUUCUCUUGUGGCCAUUCUCAUAUUAUAUUGGCAAUCGAGUAAUUAUUGGAAAAAGAGGAAUGUACGCGAAGUGAAUGGUACUGUGUUGAAAUUUACUUUCGGUAAUUGUUCCCUGCCCGAAUAUUAUAAACAAAUCUACGACAAAUACAAUGAAAAUCAAAUCGGUUUCCAUCUGGGGGCCAGUCCGGCGCUGGUCCUCAGAGAUCUCCAGGACGUCCAGGCCGUGUUGGCAAGCAACUUCCAGAGCUUUUAUCGGCGCGGCUUCGCUGUGAACGAUGCCGACGUGCUCGGAGGAAACAUGCUUUUUUUGGACGAUCUGCCUCGUUGGAAGAUCCUCAGACAGAAGCUGUCCCCUGCCUUUAGUAGCCUUCGGCUCAAGGCCAUGUAUGAAGCCAUUGAGAAGACCUCCCGCGACUUCACCGAUUAUAUCGCUACUGACGAACGUGCAAUAAAAGAACCUUUCGAUGCAGUACUCAAAUACACUACCGCAUCAAUUGGGGUCGCAGUGUUUGGACUCGACGAGAAAGGAGAGAGCCUUAUAGACUUACCUCUAUCACACGUAGCGGGCAAUGCACUCAAGCCCUCGCUCAAAGCAAACAUCGUAUUUUUCAUUGGCAGCACAUUCCCGAGACUCUUCAGGUGGCUUAAUAUGACUUUCUUUGGUGAAUACGAAGACGUUUUCAUCGGUGCCGUUAAAAAGGUAUUAAAGAAUCGCCGUAAGUUAGAUAAGAGGUUAGACAUAGUUGACGUCUACCUGGAUAUGCAGAGCAGUGGCCGUCUGAGAGACGUCGUGACGGGCUUCGAAAUGGAACCAACUGAUGAAGUGAUAGCAGCCCAAUCGUUCUUCUUCUACGUUGCCGGAGCCGACACGACCGCGAACGCAAUUCAUUUCAUUCUUCUAGAACUAUCUGCCAACCCUCAUGUAUUGAACAAGCUUCACGCAGAAAUCGAUACUGUCCUUCCAAAGGGGACAGAAGUAUUGACUUUCGAGGACAUAGAUCGACUGACGUACAUGGACAUGGUGAUCAGUGAGGCUAUGAGGAAAUAUCCACCGAUCGGCUUCAUACAAAGACUCUGUACCAAAGACGCAAUUCUUCCCAGCAACAAUCUUAGGAUAAGCAAGGACACGGUAACAGUUGUUCCAAUUUUAGCGAUACACAGAGACGAGAGAUUCUAUCCCAAUCCAGAUGUUUUCGAUCCGGAACGGUUCACUCCAGAAAAUAUUAAGGAAAGAAACAAGUUCAGUUACUUGGCGUUCGGUGAGGGAAACCGGAUUUGCAUCGGUGCCAGAUUCUCACGUCUCCAAAUGAAGGCCUGUAUUACCUGGCUACUGCGCAAGUAUACCUUGAAACCCCAGAAGUAUAAACCGGAGAGAUUCGAGAGAAGCGCUUUCAGUCUCCGAGAUACAAAAUCCAAAUACGAAUUCAUACGAAGAACGAAUUAG